UUGAUGGAGUAGGUGUUUUGGGCAUGCGCACAUCGAUCGCUUGUCAGGCUGCGCUUUUCACGCCUCCAACAUGGCGGCUCGCACUGUGUCUGCAGUUUCCAGGAUCCUGCUGUCUCCUCUCCCUGGAAAGGCUGGUAUCAGGCAGCAGGUUUUGCCUGCAGCAUGGACUCAGCACCGGGACUAUUCAUCGCAGCACAUGAUACCUCCACCUGCAAAGUAUGGCGGAAGACACACCGUGACCAUGAUCCCUGGAGAUGGCAUCGGCCCAGAACUUGCCCUGCAUGUUAAGGAGGUUUUCAGACAUGCCUGUGUGCCAGUGGAUUUUGAGGUGGUGAAUGUGAACUCCACUGCUACGGAUGAAGAAGACAUCCAGAACGCCAUCACCGCCAUCCGAAGAAACAGGGUGGCACUUAAAGGUAACAUUGAGACAAACCAUAACAUGCCGCCAUCUCACCUGUCUCGGAAUAACAUGCUGCGAACCAGCUUGGAUCUCUACGCAAAUGUUAUCCACUGUCAGAGCUUGCCUGGUGUGCAGACCCGUCACAAGGACAUUGACAUCUUGAUAGUGCGGGAGAAUACGGAGGGGGAGUACAGCAGCCUGGAGCAUGAGAGUGUGUCUGGGGUGGUGGAGAGUCUGAAGAUCAUCACCCGGACCAACUCGCUGCGUAUUGCAGAUUACGCCUUCAAACUGGCCAGAGAGAAAGGCAGGAAGAAGAUCACGGCCGUGCACAAGGCCAACAUCAUGAAACUGGGGGAUGGUUUGUUCCUUCAGUGCUGCAGGGAGGUCGCCUCUGGUUACCCUGAUAUCACUUUUGAGAGUAUGAUCGUCGACAAUACCACAAUGCAGCUUGUAUCCAAUCCUCAGCAGUUUGAUGUUAUGGUGAUGCCCAAUCUGUACGGCAACAUAGUCAAUAAUGUCUGCGCUGGGCUUGUCGGGGGCCCCGGCCUCGUACCUGGUGCGAAUUAUGGUGACGUUUAUGCUGUAUUUGAAACGGCAACCAGGAACACCGGGAAAAGCAUAGCCAACAAGAACAUCGCGAACCCCACUGCGAUGCUGCUGGCCAGCUGUAUGAUGCUGGACCAUCUAAAGUUGCACAGUUACGGCGCCUCCAUUCGGAAAGCUAUUCUGGGCAGUAUGAAUGAACAUCGGAUGCACACUCCAGAUAUAGGGGGUCAGGGUACCACCUCAGAAGUGGUACAGUCCAUCUGCAGGCAGAUCAUUGUGAAGAAUGGCCGUGCAGUCACUAUUUAAGAGGAUACUGUCCUUACAUGAAGAUCUCUCUGCCUGUAUUGGUAACUAACCCUGUGCGUUCCAUGCUCUGGCUCCCUCCACCACCCUUGUCAGUGACUGCUGCUAUUUCCAGCAUAUAGCUGCUGCCUACAGUGCGUAGGUGUGAGCACUCCUAUAUUAAUCCCUGCACUUAUUAUAGAAUCUGGAGUUCUCUGUAAUGGAUGGGCUGUACACCAUCAUGCUAUGCUUUCACAUGGAGGAGCCGCAAUCCGUACAUGUUCUUGGGUCAGGUCACGUAUGUGUAACAUAAGCUCUGAUGCAUCUGUACAUUUGAUUGUGUUGUCACCUUAAAAUAAAGAGAUUAAUAAACCUGA